AUGACAUUUCCCCACCCUCUGCAGUCUCUCUCUUCUAGUCGCAUUUUCACGACAGAAGUUAACCGCCGAUGCCUAUUGCAGAUGUUCGAUCCUCCAAUUGACUUCCAGUGUCAGAGCUGCGCUUCUUUGUCUUUUUUCUUUCUUCCUUUCCUUUUUCUUUCUUUCUUUCUUUCUUUCUUUCUUUCUUCAUCUUUUUUCUUUCUUUCUUCCUUUCUUUUUUCUUUCUUAUCUUGCUUUUUUAUUUCUUUCUUCUUUCAUUCUUCAUCUUUCUUUUUCUUUCUUUUUUCUUUAUCUUCCUUUAUCUUUCUUUUACUUUCUAAUCAUGAUUUCUUUUUCUUUCUUUCUUUCAUUCUUUUUUCUUUCUUUAUCUUUCUUUUGCUUUCUUUUUUCUUUCUUUUUUCUUUCUUUUUCUUUCUUUAUCUCCCUUUCUUUUUUCUUUCUUUCUUAUCUUGCUUACUUCUUCAUUCAUUCUUUCUUUCUUUCUUUCUUUUUUCUUUCUUCAUCUUUCUUUUUUUUUUCUUUUUUCUUUCUUUUUUCUUUCUGUUUUUUCUUUAUCUUCCUUUCUUUUUUCUUUCUUUCUUAUCUUUCUUACUUUUUCAUUCUUUCUUUUUUCUUUCUUUCUUUCUUUUUCUUUCUUCAUCUUUCUUUUUCUUCCUUUUUUCUUUCUUUUUCUUUCUUUAUCUUCCUUUCUUUUUCUUUCUUUAUCUUUCUUUUUUUCCUUCUUUCUUUUUCUUUCUUUAUCUUGCUUUCUUUUUCUUUCUUUCUUUUUCUUUUUUCUUUCUUCCUUUUUUUUUUUUCCUUUUUCUUUUUUCUUUCUUCCUUUUUCUUUUUUUUCUUUCUUUUUUCUUUCUUUCUUUUUCUUUCUUUAUCUUUCUUUUUUCUUUCUUUUUAUUCCUUUCUUUUUCUUUUUGUUUCUUUAUCUUUCUUUCUUUCUUUCUUCCUUUCUUCUUCCUUCCUUUUUUCUUUCUUUAUCUUUCUUUCUUCUUUCUUCCUUUUUUCUUUCUUUCUUUUCUAUUUUUCGUGCAUCUUCUCAUCCUGUCUUUUUCCCGCUAUCUCUCUCUCUCUUCCCUUUUUUUCUUCUCCACCCUCUUUCUACUCACUUUAUCUUUUCCUCUACCUAUUUCGCCUCAUGCAUCAAAGACGUUAACCUUCACCUACAAUCAACAUAUUGCUGUCAACCGUUUUCAUCAGUUCGGCUCCAGGACAAGAAAACUCCUUGUUCUUGAUCUUACCCUCUUUUAUUUACCUUCACGAUUUUUUUCUCUCUCCAUCCGUUUUUUUGACUGCUUCCACUUUCUUUCACAUUACAACUAA